AUGGCCAUCUCACUUUAUGACCAGUUCUACGUCGAAAAAGACAGAAACUACAAGUUCGAGUUUCUCGCCAUGAUGGUGAGCUUUCUCCUCCCGGCGGUCCACGGAGUGCUCUUUUCGUGGAUCCCUUACUACCUACGAAACAGAAGAGGCGCCAAAUCGCUCAACCAUACUAAAUACUGGUCGUUUUUGAGCCGCUACGCCGCUUUCACCAAAGUGUACAAAGUGGUGGUUUUCAAGAAAGCGUUUUUUUUCCAGCCGUCCAUUCUCGUGGCCAUGGCCAUCCAUGUGGCCAUCAACGCCGUGUUUUGCUUUGUGGAAACCGCAGAUAUCGACUACGAGCCUCGGCACUAUGUGAUUUCCAAAAGAGUCGGGCGCAUUGCCAUUGGCAAUCUUCCGGCGAUUUUGCUUUUCAUCGCCAAAAACGACUUCAUUUCCACUGUAAGCGGCCUCGACUUGGACAAGUCGGUUUUUUUCCAUAAAUGGCUUGCCAGGUUCAUGUUUAUUGCCGUUACCGUCCACAUGGCGCUUUCUUUGUACUACUGGCUCUCGCUAGAGUUCUACAUCAUGGUGCAAAUCCCGCCCCAGAUAUUUGGCAUGAUUUCUUACGGGUGCUUGUUCAUGUUGUGCUUUGCGUCGCUCAAGUUCAUACGAAAUUUCGCCUUUGACUUCUUUUUGGCCCAGCACAGAGUGUUCAACUUCAUCAUGCUCCUUUUGGCGUUUUUCCACAACGGAGGCAACAAAGCAGCCGUUCUUCUCGGCGUGCACUUGUUGGUUUUGGACAGAAUCACCUCCAGAGUGCUUGGAAUCGUCACCAAGCGCAGGGGCCCGACAAAAGGUGUGUCUGACUUUGAAAUCUUGGACGAAACCACCAUCAGAAUCACCAUUCCCGUGGAAAUCAAGAAAAUCAACCACGACCGCUGGUGGUGGUUUCUUAUUCCUCGGUACGGCGGCUGGAGAGCCGGCCAGCACGUUUACUUGAACGUGAUGAAAAUCAGCCUUUUCCAGUACCACCCGUUCACCAUAGCCAGUUUGCCGGAUUCAGGCAAGCAGGUGAUCAUUCUUAAGGUUAUGAAGGGCUUCACAAGAAAGCUUUUGAAGAAGUUGGAGAAGAUGAACCAAGAUGAAGAUCCAGAGUCUUCUACAGAGUCUUCCACCGAGUCUUCUGUCUCCAGAUCCUUGAGUCCCUCUCUGUCCACCACCAGCGAAAAGAAUCUUGUUAUGGGAAGCGAAGAUACACUUAAACCACACAUCGAGGAGUUGAAGAGCCUCAUUGACCUGUUUAGCGCUCCCAGAAUCUACAAGAUGAAGGCAGGAAUAAACGGGCCCUACGGAGCCAAGUACCAGCCACUUACAAAGUUCGAAACGGUGUUGUUUUUCAGCGCCGGUUCUGGCGCUUCUUUCACCCUCCCGGUGGCAUUGGAUCUUCUCAAAAAGCUCAAACAGAGAGACGACGCCGGCGACUAUUUAUACAGACCAGAAACCACCAGAGUGAAGAUUGUGUUGUCGAUGAAGAAAAAGGCCAAUCUUCAGUGGUACGACCACCUCUGGCCGGAAUUUCUUCCUUUUUUUAAUGAGGGCAGAGCCCACUUGGCGCUUCAUUUGACCCAGGAGGAGCCUGAACUCGUGACUGUUUCUGAAAAGGACAAAGAAUCGAAAAGCACCGAAACGGUGGAGAACACGUUUGUCAGACAGGCGCUGUAUGGGUCAUCCUCGGCAUCUUUGCAAGACUGGAGCGGCUACUCUGUUUCUUAUAAUAGGCCCCACUUUGACGAUAUCAUCACUGACGCUGCCUCUGAGCUUCGGGACCCUCAGUACAGAAAAGCGUUGGCGUGUGUGGGAUGUGGUCCCGAGUUGUUCAAUGGUGAAAUCGUUUUGAGCUGCCAGAAAAAUAGAAAAAUGACCCACGCUCCAAAUAUCUACUGCUACACGGAGUCCUUUGGUUGA